UUUUGUGAAAAACAAAGGGGCACGCACAGAGCUGCGGGGCUGUAAGCAGAACGUGGUACAGGCAAGGUAGGUGAGAAGGACCUUGAGCUAGAAGAAAAGCAGAUGCCGCAGGGAAGAGUGAGUGGCGGUGCGACAGAGCACGGGGAGCCCAGAGUCAGGAGACUGGGCAGCGAGAAGUGCAAGAAGACCGGGGAGACGCUUGCAGGUCGGGACUGAGAGACGCUGUGCUUUGCUUUUAUCUGCAUGACCACUGUGGUAACGGGACCCGCUGUCUACUGCCAUCUUCCCUCCUUCAAGAGAUCUACACCUGCCAGCCAGCAUCUGCUCCAUCCCUGCGCUGGGGAGCGCAUACCCUGCGUUUUGCCUCUCCCUUCAAUGGGACCAAGGAGGGUAGCUAAGAAAUACAGCAGUUGCUCAGCAACUCCCUGUCCCUUGAGGAGGACAACGUAAGCUAUCUGCACCAGCCUCCUGGGUUGUUCUCCUCUGCACAGCUGGAGGUGCUCCCACCCUGACGUCUUCCAGGCUCCCCCUGCUCAGCCUGCAGCUCUUCUCCCCCUGCAAACCUCCGAAACCUCCAUUUCAGAAGAGAAAAAAGCCCUUGUACGGGGUGCGCUGACCCAUUGCGGCAGGACAAAGGCCGAGCUGAAGGGACAUGGCAUCAGGUUAUUGAUCGCUGAGGAGACUUUGAGCUUGGGUAAAUAGAUGUUCUCCUCUCUCCCCCGCCUCCGUGCGUGUGUGAGCUGGCUCGCGUAGGGCGCGUGGGCCAGGCUUCACAGGCGGCAGCAGGCUUCAAAGAUGCCCCUGAUGGAGGCCAAGGAACAAGAAGAAGACGCCAACUCCCUCUCAAAGGACGGAUCGGAGACUAACUCACGUGAUUGCCUCCGCUAUGUGCCCCUUGGGAUAGCCUUUCUUUUGCUGGCUGGAGCUGCUGCAGCAACCUGGUAUUUCCUAGACUACAGACCAUGGCACCUGGAACCGGCCGCCCUGCGGUUUUAUUGCGGCAGCCUCCAGGUCCUCAAUCGCCAGUACUCCCCGGACCUUGGGCAGGUGGAGUCCAGAGCCUUCUGGCUGGAGUCAGCUAAGCUCCAGAAGAUGCUGAAGGAACUGAUUCGUGCCACAGAGCUGGGUCGAUAUUACAACUCGAGCACAGUGUAUGCCUUUGGGGAGGGAGCUCUGACCUUCUUCUUCUGGUUUGCCCUCCAAAUCCCUGAGAGUCAGCAGAAGGAGGUGACUGCUGAGAGGGUAAACACAAUGCUCCACCAAGAGCUCUCCACCAGUUUCAACAACUCGGGCAGCCUGUCCUACCAGAUGGAGUACAGGGUCAACCCAGACUCGCUGGUUCUUCUGGAAUCCAGUGUGAAAGACAUAGUAGUGCUGAAAUCCACUCUGGGUUGCUACAGGUACAGCUAUGUCCAGGAGGAUGACGUCCUAAGGCUGGAGGGCCCUGACUACUUGGCCUCCAGUUGUCUCUGGCACCUCCACGGACUGAAGGGCUACAUGAUCAAGCUACGCCUGGAGUGGACUCUCCCGGACUGCAGGGACCGCCUGGCUAUGUACGACGCAGCCGGGCCCCUGGAGAAACACCUCAUCACCUCGAUCUAUGGCUGCAGCCGGCAGGAGCCCGUUGUGGAAGUCCUUUCAUCUGGCCCUGUCAUGGCCAUUGUGUGGAAGAAAGCCAUGUACAGCUACUAUGACCCCUUCAUCCUCUCAGCACAGGUGGUGCCCCUGGAAGCCUGCGAAGUGAAUAUAACUCUGCGGGAGGGCCUGGAGCUGCAGGGGAAGAUCGGCACGCCACACUACCCCAGUUACUACUCACCCAACACGCAGUGUACCUGGCACAUGACGGUCCCAUCCCUCGACUACGGGGUCACCCUGUGGUUCGACGCCUACGCGCUCAGCAGACAGAAGCAUGACCUGCCCUGUACCCAAGGCCAGUGGAUAAUUCAGAACAGAAGGUUGUGUGGCCUGCGGACCCUGCAAGCCUACGCUGAGCGGAUCCCAGUCACGUCCUCUGCUGACAUCACCGUCGCCUUCACCUCACAGAUCUCCUUAACUGGCCCUGGUGUACAGGCAGCUUAUAGUCUGUACAACCAAUCUGACCCCUGUCCCGGGGAGUUCCUGUGUUCUGUGAACGGCUUGUGCGUCCCGGCCUGUGACGGGAUCAAAGAUUGCCCCAAUGGGCUGGAUGAGAGAAACUGUGUGUGCCCUGCAAAGUUCCAGUGCCGCGAGGACAGCACUUGCAUCGAGUUCAGCAGGGUCUGCAACCAGCAGCUGGACUGCAUCAAUGGGAGCGAUGAAGAGCAGUGCAGUGAAGGGGUCCCCUGCGGUCCUUUCACCUACCGCUGUGAAGAUGGGACCUGCGUGAAGAAACCAAACCCCCUGUGUGACACUGCUGCAGACUGCAAGGACCUGUCCGACGAGAAGCGCUGUGACUGUGGUCUGCAAGCCCCUCUCAGCAGGAUCGUGGGUGGUGCGAAUUCUGUGGAAGGGGAAUGGCCGUGGCAGGCCAGCCUGCAAGUUCGGGGACGCCACAUUUGUGGGGGAACACUUAUUGCUGACCGCUGGGUGGUCUCAGCCGCGCACUGCUUCCAGGAUGAGAGACUGGCCUCCGCCUCCAUAUGGACCGUUUACUUGGGCAAAUAUUUGCAGAAUGCCACCAGCCACACAGAGGUGUCCUUCAAGGUUAUCCGCCUCUUCCUCCACCCUUAUUACGAGGAGGAUAGCCACGAUUAUGAUGUGGCCCUGCUCCAGCUGGACCAUCCUGUGAUCAUCUCGCCCUUAAUCCAGCCCAUCUGCUUGCCUGCUCCUUCUCACCUCUUUGAGCCUGGUCUUCAUUGCUGGAUCACUGGCUGGGGAGCCCUCAAGGAAGGCGGGCACAUCAGUAAUGUUCUGCAGAAGGUGGACGUGCAGCUCAUCCAGCAGGACAUCUGCAGCGAGGCCUAUCACUACAUGAUUUCUCCCAGGAUGUUGUGUGCUGGGUACCAAAAGGGCAAGAAAGACGCCUGCCAGGGUGAUUCUGGAGGUCCGCUGGCCUGCAAGGAACCCAGUGGCAGGUGGUUUCUGGCUGGUUUAGUCAGCUGGGGAAUGGGAUGCGCACGUCCAAAUCAGUAUGGAGUAUACACCAGGAUCACUCAAGUGCUGGGCUGGAUGAACCAAACCAUGAGCUGAGAAAAGUGCAUCUCUGCCUUCUCCCCAUCAGACUUACACUCACAUGGUACUCAUUCCUGAUCUUGUUCACUUGCCUCUCAGAGAAAGAGAGUUUCUGUAUGGGAUGUUGUCAGCCCCAGGAUGCUCUUCUGAGUGGGGUAAAAGAAGCCUGCCGUGGGGAUUGUAGAGAAAAGCAGGCAGACCCUCUUCCCACUCAGUGCUUCCCGGGGAGCAUCCCAAGAUGUUUUUAGGCCAUCCAUCCAAAAAAGCUGGGGGGGGGGGGGCGGACGAUGACAUGACACACAGCAACGGUCCCAAGUUGAUGGUUUCUGAGAAAAGGAAUGAUGGAAGUUGAACUUGCCAUGAACCAUGUGAUUCAGCCACAACCUUACGCUGGAACAUUUGCUGAAAGAAAAUGUGACUGAUGUAGUUAGAGAUUCCAGUAACUGUGAAAUCAAUCUGCCUCCCUUUUCCUUCCUGCUGCUCGUCCUUCUUCCCCCUUCCCCUCCCAUCACUCCUCCUCUUCCAUCUCCCUAAUUGCUUCUUUUCUUAGCCAGCAUGUGCUGUUCAGUGUGCUAUUCAGCUCAGCCAGGCAACUCUUCACGUCUCACUGACUCCCAGGCACAAAUCCAGCAUCACGCUCUGCAAGCGUGUGUUGUGCCCCCCUGAUGGAGCAGCACCCAGCCUCCAUCACUGCACUUUCCUCAGGGAAAGGCCCCGGCCCUCAAUAAAAACAUUGGAGCAGCCCCCCAUCCCCUUCCCUCAGCCCUUCUAAAUACCUUUAAUAUGAGGGCACCUCGACUGCUUCCAUCUCCUAACUCAGAUAAUCCAGGAGGUGAAGGAGAAGGCUUCAGGGCACAGUGCUUACACAGUGACUGCUAUGGGUUUGGUUUUUUUACUAAAGAUAUACAUAUAUAUAUGUGUGUGUGUAGAU